AUCAAUUUUUCAUCCACCUUAAAAAGAUCAACAGCAAAAAAAAAUAAAAAAAUUGCUCCUUAGAAAUUCAUAAUAUGGAGGCAAGAUGUUUAUAUUUUACCCUUUUUUCUGCCAGCAACCUUCAAAAUGUUCGAAAAUGUAAGAAAAUGAAAGUUUAUGCAAAGGUUUCAGUAGCAGGAAAGAGUAAGUGUACGGAAGUGGAUCUUGAGAAUGGGACGAAUCCCAAGUGGAAUACGCCGUUUAAAUUCAUCAUACCCGAAGAAAAUAUCAUACAAGCACAGGGAGAUAAAUUCACAGAAGAUCACAUCAACAAAAAUCAGAUGGCUCAAAUUGGAGCAACUAUUGGAACAGCUAUGCUAACUGCAGCGGUUACCGUUGGUGUUGCAGUCCUUCUUUGAUUUGUGGGGGUGGGAGUGCGUCGGCGUUUUCUAUUUGUCUCUGUAGUUUCUUGUUUGUGGUCAUGUCUAUAGUUUUCGGAUAGAUCGUUUGUAGUAUGAUCUUAUGGCUAUAGUAUUAUGUUGUGAUUAGCGGUGUUAGUUUAUUAUGCAUACUGUACUAGUUUAUAUGUAUUUAUGUUUUGUAUUUAUUAUACUAUUGUUAGUGCUAAAUUGGGAGUUUAUCAGAAUUCACAAUCUCGAUUUCAUCUGAGAUAGUGAUAUGAUUUGUAUACACCUCUACUUCACUUGUUUGGAAACAAUUGGAAACCGUCAAGGCUGGAA